CUCUCUCUCUCUCUCUCUCUCUCUCUCUCUCUCUCUCUCUCUCUCUCAAAUUAUUCAAAAUCCCCCAACACUCUCUACUCGCUCUCUAAAAUUUUCGAAUGGCUGGCUUUUCAUCCUCAAAAGCUCUGUCAUACUCCUCUCUUCUCGUCGUCUUCCUACUCUUCAGCUUCUCAGAAGCCAGAGAGAUCACCGUCGGUGGCAAGAAUGGCUCAUGGGCAGUCGGCUCUGAAUCCCAAUCCCUCAACAAAUGGGCCGAAAGCACCCGCUUUCGCAUCGGCGACACUCUUGUGUGGAAGUACGACAGCGCCAAAGACUCAGUCUUGCGAGUGACGAAAGAAGACUACGGAAACUGCAAUGCGUCAAACCCAAUUGAGCAGCUCAAGGACGGCGAAACAAAGCUCCACCUUGACCAGCCAGGGCCUUACUACUUCAUCAGCGGAACCAAGGGACACUGCGAGAAGGGGCAGAAACUGGUGUUGGUGGUUAUGACUCCAAGGAAGCACCUCGGUAUUUCUCCCGCUCCUUCUCCGGCAGGGGAGGUCGACGGUCCUGCUAUUGCUCCGACAAGCGGCGCUACAAGCUUGAAGGGUGGUGUUCUGACUGUGGUGGCAUUGGGAGUGUUUUCUCUGUGGUUUUAGAGAGGGGGAGAUUUUUUGAACUGUGGUUGUUAUCUUUCUGGGUUUUUGUUUUGAGAGUGGGGGAUAAUUAUUUCUUUAUUUCUUUAUUUUUUAUAUAUAUGAGACGAGAUAUUAUGUAAUUCUAUUUCGAAUGUCAUAAUAUCAAUAUAUUCAUUUUCUAAA